UUUUCAGUGUUAUUGUUCAGUGUACUUUUCUUUUAUUCUAUUUUCGUUUUUUUUUAUUCUAUAAAUUCUUGUUUUAGCUUUGUUCUUAUCGUAGAUUGUAUUAUUUAUAUCGAAGCACAGUCUGUUAAUUACUGUCUUAUCUCGUCUAUUCUUUUGUUAGUACCUACUAACAAAAGAAUCCUUUUUCAAAAAAGUUGCUGAAAUUUUAUACCCAAUUUGAUUUUAUUCACUACUAACAUUUUCUCGAUCCGAGCUCUGUUUUAUACAAAAAACUAAAAACUUAUCUUUAGGCAAUUUUUAUUUAUUUUGUUUAAUUCACUUCUGAUCUUUUCAUUUUAGUUUUCUCAAUUUUUCGCGAACUGCAACUUUUUGAUUUAAAAUAUUUUAGGAGAAUUUAAAGUUUAAUAUUUCAUUUUUAGACAAUUAAAAUGUUUUCUCUUCCAAUUGAGGUUCAAUUUGAUGUAUUAAAAUGUCUUGAUUUCAACCAAAUAUUCUCUGUUAAACAAACAAAUUUUUACUUGCGCAGUUUAAUUAAUAAAUACGAGGGAGGAUUGGCACGAAAGAAAUUUGGUGAUUUCUCAAUAAUUAGUGAAAGUGACAGGACCUUUUUUGUUGAAUACAUUGAACUUAAAUCUGGGAUUUUUGAAUUUACUUUAGAUGAUCAGAUUGAAGAGAAGUGGAAGACAGCGAUAGACAAAUCAAUUCCGUUGUUUUUACAUGAGUCUGAAUCUGUAAAAAACUUACUUAUUAAAAGUCCUCAUAUGGUGUGCCAAAAAUUUUAUUAUUUAAAAAUGCCAACAAUUCCAAAGAAUAUUGAAGAAAUGAUUUAUGUUCGUUGCUGGUUAGAACAACUAUUUAAAUGUGCUUUCAAAUAUGUUCAUUUUUCUGAAUGUAUAUUCAAUCCAGAAAUGAUCAAUAUUUUAUUCGAUAACGAAAAAACAAUUUCUCUUAAAUUUCAAAUUUUUAAAGCGUUUCUAUGGCCUAGCAAUACAACAUUUGAAAUUCUUUUAAACUUUUCUGUAAAUCAUUUAUCAAUUUCUGAAGCUCUUAAUAUCUUUCUGGAUAAAAUUGACGUUACAGAACAACAUAUUGAUAUUUUAUUUAAAAUUUUAAUAAAUGAAGGAAAUAAACUUCCAAAGAUUUAUUUAAGAUGGUUCAAAUCAACAAAGCUUUAUGAUCUUAUUAUAGAAGUUAGUCGUUUAAAAAAGUGUGGCACAAAACCGGUUUAA